CCCAUCCCGGCCAGCUCACCUCACACUCUUCGCAGCCCCGGUGGCGUGCGCGUGCUUGUUCUUGACGACGACGACGACGACGACGAAGACGACGAUGCCCAAUGCGUACUUCCUCCACCGGUUUCUGCGCCAGAUCGCAGCGUGGGCGCUGGUCUCGUUCUUCACCGAAAUUCGGAUUAUAGGCGGCGAGAACGUUCCCCGCAAUGGGCCCAUCAUCGUCAUCGCGACACACCACAACAUGAUGAUUGACCCUGCGAUACUCUCCACCAUGUUCCCCUACCACCGGAUCCUCCACUUCUGGGCCAAAGCCUCCUUAUUCGCGAACCCCAUCGCGGACUACGUCCUCCGCUCGGCAGGCAACAUCCCAGUCGACCGCAAAGCCAAAGACCGCAAGAAACUCUUCCUCGGCACAUUCGACGCGCUCUCGCACGGACACGCCGUCGCCGUCUUCCCCGAAGGCACGUCCUACACCGAGCCGCGCAUCGUGCAGGUCAAGGACGGCGCGGCCUGGGCCGCGCUCGAGUACGCCAAGUGGGCGCGCGAACACCCAGACCGCGUGAUGCCCGGCGCGGAGAACGUGCGCAUCGUCACCGCCGCGAUCGUCUACACGAACAAGACAAAGUACCGUAGUAAUGCUAUCAUGGAGUUUGGUCCGCCCAUGAGCAUUGAUCCGUACCUAGAGCAGUUCAUGUCCAUUGAAGAAGGUGCCCCACGCUCAGCAGUGAAGCGACUAACUGCCGCGCUCGAGCAAAAGUUGAUCGAAACCACAGUCAACGCACCGGAUUGGGACACUCUGUAUGCUGCGCGCAUGGCGAGGGAUCUGCUCUGGGACAAUGAAAAGUCCAUCAACCUCGACGAGUUCGUCAUCAUCUCGCAAACCCUGGUCGAUCUAUUCUCCACACCCGAUUUGGUUCCAAAUUUCACAGCGAUUCGACGCCAUCUACUCACAUACUACUCACUACUCCAAUCUACCCACCUCACUAAUUCAGUGCUAUCCUCACUACCCCUCCCGGAGACGCUCGAUCCUCAUCGCACCAUCCCUCUCCCCAGUAGACUGUUUACACUCACCCUGCUCAUACGUGAUACGCUUGCACUGCUCGUUCGCCUGCCGUUCUUCCUCGGCCCUCUGCUGCUGCACUCGCCCGCGUACCUCUUCGCGCGCUUCGGCGCACGUCUCGCCGAGGACGAGGAAGAGACGCAGGCGCAGAACAAGGUCGUCUUUGGACUCCUGCUCCUCCUGCUGAUCUACCCUGCUGUGUUUUUCUUCGUCUGGGCCUUCCUGCGUUAUACGACCUUUGGCGCAGUCAUCGCGGCUGCAAUGGUCGUGCUGUUCGCGAUGUACCAUACUAAGCUGGUCAACGCUAACUAUGAACGCGCAAAACGCCUCGUCUCCGCUUGGCGCAUCCUCGUGGGCGUCUGGAUGCCCAAACGUUGGGAUCUCUCAUCUACCGUGCUCGCGCAGUACACCGUACCGCACGUUCCGCCUGAAAAUGAGUGGGUCGACCGAUCCAAGGUCAAGGCGCGGCGGGCUACGCCAACGCCAACGCCGAGUCCAUCUGAGGCCGAGCAGCUGCCUCCCCAACUACCCACCGCACGCAAACGGCGCCGCCCGCCAACACGCCGCCUGAUCAGGCACGUCCUGCGCGCGCGCGUCGAGGCUGCCAAGGCGCUCGCAUCGCUUUUCGCGCAGCUCGACAAGGCCGAGGGAAAGCGCGUCCGCGCGUCCGCGCACCUCGCACGCGCAUACGGAGGUGUGGUCGAAGAGAAUACUGAUACUGGCCUUGUCGACACGGCCGAGGGCGUGGAAGCGCUUUUGGAGCCGGUGGCUUGGAGGUCUGCGCGGGAGGUGGUGGCCUUUUUGCGUCAGCGCGGCGCGCGCAUCGCUGCGUUGGAGGACCGCAUUGAGGGCGACUGGGCGGCGUUGAGCAGUGAGGGUGAUAGUGAUGCGGCCGUUGGCAGCGAGAGGGACGAGGACGUUGUCUGGGUUGCACCAGGACAGUCUGAACUUCAUCAUUGAUGUUAUGGAGCUGUAGCAUACGUACAUCCUAUUCAGUAAGUUUUGUGCGCGACCUCCUCUCAUUCCGCACACCCUGUCAUACCUUGUGCGUGUGCCCGUCGGACGUCUCACGCAUUCCGCAAGACAUAGUCUCACCGCCAAUGCAUUCAAUACAGUUGUUAAGGUAAUAAUGAUAGACAAGAACAGCAUGCACAAUGGGGAU